AUGAAAGGUUCUAUUUAUAUACCAUCGGAUGUAAUCGAAGAAAUUCUUUCCCUUAUUCAAAACGAACUAACCAAUAACGCUGAUUAUUUGAACAACGAAAGCUCUACGUUGUAUAAUUGCCUUUUGGUCAACAGACAAUGGUGCAAGCUUGUAAUCCCACGGCUUUGGCGUCAACCAUUUUUAUAUGCGAAAAAAGGGUGCCCAAAACUUAUUUCAAUUUUAUUAACUUUUCUAACAGAUAAAAAACGUAGAAUUCUCUUAACUAAUGGAAUCAUUCUCUCAUCGUUACCGGAUUGCCGUAUACGACUUCGAAAUUCCCAUUCCCAGAAAUUCCAAAAAUUACAUCAAUCAAAUUUCAAUUAUGCUUCAUUUCUUAAACAUUUACAUUAUGAUUACAUGUUAUCAUCUAUUGAAGCAUGGUGUAGUUAUUCAAAUCAAUCAGCAGGAAAUGCAGUUUCUCUCAUCACAAAUUCUUUGUUGACAAUAUUUGCAGAUAAUAAUGUCAAGUUAACGAGCCUUUUCAUUUGGCCAAAUCAUAUUCAUUGGACUCACUAUAGUUCAAAUAGAUAUAUGGAAUUAGUUGAACCUGAAUUUAAUGGGUUGUUAUUGGAGUUAAAAAAUCUAUAUAUCGAAACACAUUCUAAAUAUCCAUCUGCGAGAUUUUUUUCUCAGUUAUCUCGGAUAGUUAAUGUUAAAAAAUUAGAUUUACGUACUCAACUAUUGGGUCUUAUGGGAUUUCCAAAUGAUUUGGAGAAUGAAAUGGCUCGUAAUAUUAGUAAAUUAAUAAAUGCUCAAACCAACUUAAUCUCGUUCACACUUUCAAAUUCAGUUCGAUACACUUCGGAUUUUAUUAAAUCUUUGUUACCUAAUGUUCAUCAUAUUAAAAAUAUUUCAUUAAUUGAAACAAAAAUUUUUGAAAUUGAUUCUUGGACAAUUUUAUCUAAAUGUAUAAAUUUACAAAAACUGGAAAUUAUUAAAUGCGCUGGAUUGAAUGUAGAAUCAGUAAUACCCUUCAUAUCUGCUAACUGGUCAACUUUGGAAACAAUUCAUAUUGAAAAUAAUCAACCAAUUGAUGUCAAUAAUGAAUUGGAGUUGUGGGCAAAUAAAAAGCGGAAUAAUGAAAUUCAACAAGAAAGUUUUAUACUUUUUCAAGCAAGAUAA